AUGACCCUUGACCACCAGAUCGUCAACCAGACUCUUAAACGGUCACACCCUCCAGUGCCAUCUAAUGCGCUUCUGGUACAUCAGGGACACACGACUCCAGACAGUGACACGGGCCUCACAGAAAGCCAACUCACUAGGUUACUAGCUCUUGGAAAAGAAGAUGACAGUACAAAAUGGCAUAUGGAGGACCUUACUGAGGAUAUAAUCGGUAUGGAAUCAAGUUUUAAAGAGGAAGGAACAGACUCUCCUGUGCUAAUGCAAAGAACAUUUUCUGGAAGUAUUUUGGAUGUGUAUAGUGGCGAGCAGGGAAUUUCAUCAAUUAAUAUGGGGCUUACAAGUGCUUCCUGUCCAAGUAGUCUACCGAUGAAAAGAGAAAUUACAGAAAAUGACACUAGAGCUUUGGCAAAAGAGAGACAAAAAAAGGACAACCACAAUCUCAUUGAAAGAAGAAGAAGGUAUAAUAUUAAUUACCGAAUCAAGGAGCUUGGCACUCUUAUUCCAAAGUCUAAUGAUCCUGAUAUGCGCUGGAACAAAGGAACCAUUCUGAAAGCAUCAGUGGAGUACAUCAGGUGGCUACAAAAAGAACAACAGAGAGCCCGAGAAUUAGAACACAGACAGAAGAAAUUAGAGCAGGCUAACAGGCGGCUUCUACUCCGGAUUCAGGAACUAGAGAUACAGGCUCGUGCUCAUGGUCUGCCAACCUUGGCUUCACUUGGCACAGUUGAUUUAGGUGCUCACAUCACCAAACAGCAGACCCAUCCUGAGCAGAAUUCCGUAGACUAUUGCCAACAACUGACUGUGUCUCAGGGGCCAAGUCCUAAGCUCUGUAAUCAAGCUGUGGCUUUCUCUGAUCCUUUGUCACACUUCACAGAUUUAUCAUUCAGUGCUGCUUUGAAAGAGGAACAAAGAUUGGAUGACGUGCUACUGGAUGACUCAACAUCUCCAUUUGGAACAGAUCCUCUGCUGUCUGCUACUUCCCCUGCAGUUUCCAAGGAGAGCAGUAGAAGAAGUAGCUUUAGCUCAGAUGAUGGUGAUGGAUAA